UGGGUCGGGACCAGGGAGGGGCAGAGUUAAAUCAGCAAGUUGGUGCCAGUUCCCCCCAGGGCCUCAAGGGACCUCCACCUGAGCAGUCAGCUUUUGACUUUGUAAGCAACGGGGGACUUCUAGAAGCUCCAGGGCGGGGAUCCCGUGCCGCCGCGCCCGGGUGGCCGGCGAUGAUCACCUAGGAGGCUGGCGCAAGCAGCGGAGCAGCCGGGCGCGGCGACACGCGGCCAUGCAGCGGGAGUCGGGGUCAGCCGAGGAGCCCGAGCCCCCGGGGAGGCGGUGGCGCCGCCGGGAGGGCAGGACGCGCACGGUGCGCUCCAACCUGCUGCCGCCCCCGAGCGCGGAGGACUCUGUGGCGGGUGCCACCAAGGGCGAACGGCUGCAGCGGCUCGGGUGUGUCCAGCACCUGGCAGACAACCGGCUCAAGACCACCAAGUACACGCUGCUGUCCUUCCUGCCCAAGAAUCUAUUCGAGCAGUUCCACCGCCUGGCCAACGUGUACUUUGUCUUCAUCGCGCUGCUCAACUUCGUGCCGGCGGUGAACGCCUUCCAGCCUGGCCUGGCGCUGGCGCCCGUGCUGUUCAUCCUGGCGGUCACGGCCUUCAAGGACUUGUGGGAAGACUACAGCCGCUACCGCUCGGACCAUGAGAUCAACCACCUGGGCUGCCUGGUCUUCAGCAGGGAAGAAAAGAAGUAUGUGAACCGAUUCUGGAAAGAAAUCCGUGUGGGAGACUUCGUGCGUCUUCGCUGCAAUGAGAUCAUCCCUGCAGACAUUCUGCUGCUGUCCUCCAGUGACCCCGAUGGGCUGUGCCACAUCGAGACUGCCAACCUGGAUGGAGAGACCAACCUGAAGCGACGGCAAGUGGUCCGUGGCUUCUCAGAGCUUGUCUCCGAAUUCAAUCCUUUGACGUUCACCAGUGUAAUCGAGUGUGAGAAGCCAAACAAUGACCUGACUAGGUUUCGUGGUUGCAUCAUACACGAUAAUGGGAAGAAGGCUGGACUGUACAAGGAAAACCUGCUGCUGCGAGGGUGUACCAUCAGGAAUACAGAAGCAGUAGUUGGCAUCGUCAUCUAUGCAGGACACGAAACCAAGGCUCUGCUGAACAACAGCGGGCCCCGCUACAAGCGCAGCCAACUUGAGAGGCAGAUGAACUGCGACGUGCUCUGGUGUGUCCUUCUCCUCGUUUGUAUGUCUCUGUUGUCAGCGGUCGGACAUGGAUUGUGGGUACAGCGGUAUCAAGAUAAGAAAGCAUUAUUUGAUGUCCCUGAGUCUGACGGCAGUUCUUUAUCCCCAGUCACAGCAGCAGUUUACUCAUUUUUGACAAUGAUAAUAGUUCUGCAGGUUUUGAUCCCUAUUUCCUUAUAUGUUUCCAUUGAAAUUGUUAAAGUUUGCCAAGUGUACUUCAUUAACCAGGAUAUAGAGUUGUACGAUGAAGAGACAGAUUCUCAGCUGCAGUGUCGGGCUCUGAACAUCACGGAAGACUUAGGGCAGAUACAGUAUAUCUUCUCAGACAAAACUGGCACUUUAACUGAGAAUAAAAUGGUUUUCCGAAGAUGCACAGUGUCUGGCAUAGAAUAUUCUCAUGAUGCAAAUGCCCAGCGUCUGGCCAGAUACCAGGAGGCAGACUCAGAAGAGGAGGAGGUGCCCAGGGGGGGCUCAUCCCAGCGUGGCAGUAUUGGGAGCCACCAGAGUGUCCGGAUCCUACACAGGAGUCAGAGUACAAAGUCCUACUGGCGCACAGGCAGCCGGGCUGAGGCCAAGAGGGCUAGCAUGCUGUCCAAGCACACGGCUUUCAGUAGCCCCAUGGAGAAAGACAUUACACCUGAUCCAAAGCUGUUAGAGAAGGUGAGCGAGUGUGACAGGUACCUGGCCAUAUCAAGGCACCAGGAGCACCCUCUGGCCCAACUCUCUCCAGAGCUGUCUGAUGUCUUUGAUUUCUUCAUUGCGCUUACCAUCUGCAAUACAGUAGUGGUCACAUCCCCGGAUCAGCCACGACAGAAGGUGAGGGUAAGGUUUGAGCUGAAGUCUCCAGUGAAGACAAUAGAAGAUUUCCUCCGGAGGUUCACACCCAGCCGCCUGACCUCUGGCUGCAGCAGCAUCGGGAGCCUGGCUACCACCAAGUCCAGCCACAAAUCAGGGUGCAGCUUCAUGUCCACUCUGUCCAACGACAGCAUGCUUUUGAGGCUGGAGGAGAGGCUGGGCCAGCCCGCACCAGCCAUUGCCAGCAAUGGCUACAGCACCCCCGCAGACAGCUGGGAACCCAACUCCCCCCAGGAGCCUCAGCCAAAGCAGGAGCUGAGGUUUGAGGCCGAGAGCCCAGACGAGGCAGCACUGGUGUAUGCGGCCAAGGCCUACAACUGUGCACUGGUGGAUCGGCUACAUGACCAGGUGUCAGUGGAGCUGCCCCAUCUAGGAAGGCUCACUUUUGAACUCCUGCACACGCUUGGUUUUGACUCCAUUCGCAAGAGGAUGUCUGUGGUGAUCCGGCACCCACUCACCGAUGAGAUCAAUGUCUACACCAAGGGGGCUGACUCAGUAGUCAUGGAUCUCCUGCUGCCCUGCUCCUCAGAUGACGCCAGAGGAAAGCAUCAAAACAAGAUCCGAAGCAAAACACAGAAUUACCUCAACCUGUAUGCAAUGGAAGGCCUGCGUACCUUGUGCAUCGCCAAGAGGGUUCUGAGCAAAGAAGAGUAUGCCUGUUGGUUGCAAAGCCACUUAGAAGCAGAAUCAUCUGUGGACAACCGAGAGGAGCUCCUUUUCCAAUCUGCCAUUCGCCUUGAGACGAAUCUGCAUCUAUUGGGUGCCACAGGAAUCGAAGACCGCCUACAGGAUGGAGUCCCUGAAACUAUCACUAAAUUGCGUCAAGCAGGCCUACAGAUUUGGGUUCUCACUGGUGACAAACAAGAAACAGCCAUUAACAUUGCAUAUGCCUGCAAACUUCUGGACCAUGAUGAAGAAGUCAUCACCCUAAACGCCGAAUCCCAGGAAGCCUGUGCAGCCCUGCUGGAUCAGUGUCUGCACCACGUGCAGUCCAGGGGUUCCCACAGGCCCCCUGAGAAGACCGAAAGCUCUGUGAAUGUGGGAUUCUCCCCUCUGUACCUGGCCUCCACCACAACCACUCUCUCUGGCCCCAGCCCAAGCCUUGUGAUUGAUGGAAGAAGUUUGGCCUAUGCCCUUGAGAAAAACCUGGAGGACAAAUUUCUUUUCCUCGCCAAGCAGUGCCGCUCAGUUCUCUGCUGUCGGUCAACCCCUCUGCAGAAAAGUAUGGUGGUAAAGCUGGUCAGAAGCAAGCUGAAGGCCAUGACCCUGGCAAUAGGUGAUGGAGCCAAUGAUGUCAGCAUGAUCCAGGUGGCAGACGUGGGUGUGGGCAUAUCAGGCCAGGAGGGCAUGCAGGCAGUGAUGGCCAGUGACUUUGCAGUGCCAAGAUUCCGAUACUUGGAGAGACUCUUAAUUGUCCAUGGACAUUGGUGCUACUCCCGACUGGCCAACAUGGUGCUGUAUUUCUUCUACAAAAACACAUCACUUCCCCAGCUUGUGACUGGGGUGCUGGACAAGGAUGUACCAGCCCAUGUGCUGCUUUUGAAGCCACAGCUCUACAAGAGUGGCCAGAAUAUGGAGGAAUAUCGGCCACGUGCCUUCUGGUUAAACAUGGUUGAUGCUGCCUUCCAGAGCUUGGUUUGUUUUUUCAUUCCUUACCUGGCCUACUAUGACUCAGAUGUGGACAUGUUUACUUGGGGAACCCCCAUCACAGCAAUCGCACUGUUCACUUUCCUGCUGCACCUGGGUAUUGAAACCAGAACCUGGACCUGGCUCAACUGGACAGCUUGUGUCUUUAGUAUCUUUUUAUUUUUCACCGUGGCCUUGAUUUACAAUGCCUCCUGUGCAACAUGUUAUCCUCCAUCUAACCCUUAUUGGACCAUGCACACAUUACUGGGAGACCCCGUGUUCUACUUGAUUUGCCUCAUAGCACCUAUCACUGCAUUGCUGCCCAGAUUGUUUUUCAAAGCCCUCCAGGGGAGCCUCUUCCCAACCCAACUUCAGCUGGCGCGCCAGUCAGCCAAGAAAUUUCCCAAGAAACCCAAAACUCACAAAGAAAUCUUAGUUCAGAAACAUUUCCCUGGAGACCCAAAAACAGAGCUCUCGAAAGGGAUGACCAUGAGUCCCUCUGAGACCCUCUCCAAGGACUGUGCCUCAGAAGCUUCUCAGAACACACAGCAGCCAUCCUGCUCCCUAAAGACCAGCAGGGAGCUCAGCACAGUGGACAUAAGCAUGCCAUUGAGAGAGGACACCAUGCAGGAGGGACUGGAUGCUCAGGCCCCGGGAUCCUCCAGGCCAGUGGAGGCUGUUUUAGAAGCGUGUCCUGAGGACUCCAAGAGGAAACCCACCAGUACAAGCCAGGAACCCCCUCUAUCGUCCCUCUUCAACCUGCCCAGUUUCGGUUCACUCAACUGGAUCUCCUCCCUCUCAAUGGUCAGUGGGCUGGGAAGUGUCUUCCAGUUCUCCAGAAGUAGUUUACACAUGGACAAGCAGGAUGGAGAGUUCCCGCCCAGCCCCCCACAGCCAGAUCAGGACUUACAUGGCUUACAGGGACAGGCCACAGACUACUUCUAGGAUCACCUUCAAGGGACAGCAGCAGAACGUCACAGUGAAAACCUUGAAAUGGCCUUUUAUAUAUAUAUAACGUAGAUAUUAAUAUUAUUUAUGUUUAUUAUUUGCACAGAAGAGUUCUAGGGAGAUAUAUUUUUAAAUGUUUCCAAGGUUAACACAGGAAACAAGAGGUACCAAAAAGAAAGUUUAUUUUUUAAAGUUCUAAGUAGAGUAUAUUGAAAAGAAAAAUAAAGAGCUUUAACAUAUAAAUAUAUAUAUAUAUAUAUAUAAAGUUGAAAGAAGAAUGACACUUAAAAAGUGUCUUUGAAUUUAUUUUUUCAUCUCAUUUUGUAAGAAAAGGCAAUAGGACUUAUUUUCUUCAACAUGCGUGACCCUUGCUUUCCCUGAAUACACUCUUGUGAUUAAGCCCAGUGAACCUGGGUGGGUGUGGACAUGGAUGGCAGUGAGGAGAGGUGAUAGAGGGUAGGGCAUGUGAACUCCCAGGACAUAUCCCUCCACUGGCUUCCAUUUCUACCAACCCAGAAGGACUGUGGCUCUGCUUUACCCAUGAAGGGGAAAGUGAGAACUCAAGAAAAACUCAUGUGUGAAGUUUAUUCUGAUGCUCAAUUCAAUGCAGGCACUUUGUAAAGAUCUUGUAGGUAUGACGGCCCUAUGUAAUAUUUUGCCUGUUAAGAUCAUCACAAGCAAUAAACAAACUUCACUUUGCAAAGACAACGUGUCCAGUCACCACAGUCAUAUGAAGUAUUAAUAUAUGACCUAUGGAGUGUGUUCUGAAUACUGCGGGGAACUUCCUUUUAGAUUCUAUGAAGAAAACAGCUCAGAGACACACUACCCUGUCACUGCACAGCUCCUUAUACCUCAGCUUCCUGGCCCGGGGCCAUCAGCACUAUCCAAACCCUUUCUGCCAAGAGGCUAGAUAUUUUGAGCAAUUAUCUUCAGGCAUUUGUCUGAUGAGCCAUUAUUUCUGUCCCUCUAAAAAGAGAAAAAGAAGGGGGAAAGAUUCUUUUAAAAAAAAAUCUACUGGGGAUUCUUUUCUGAGCCCUUUAUUUCAACUUUGUCAGAUAGUCAUUAAUGUCAUGACCACUCUGCUCAGUAAUGAAGCUAUGAAAUAAGCAGGGUAUCUGAUUAAGUUAUCAGGACUUCUGGCUCAUGUAGACACCUACUGCCAAGUAUAGCAAUGAAAAAAGAACAAAAGGACAGUGAAAUUUGGGGAAGAAUUUCUAGUUAUCCAAUCAGUGUGGUUCAUUAUAAGUACCAGAAAACAUACUUUAUUCUGGUCAAAAUGAAAGGGAAGGCAUAGCUCAUUGUCUGCAGGUCCUGAGGAGGAUGGGCUCCAGGUGAUUGGACUCAUCAAACCAGAAUCCAGGGUGCUGAGGUUUGAAAGUAUCCUCCAAUAUUCCUACAAUAGAAACUUAAUUCCCACUGCAACUGUGUUGGGAGGUGGGGUCUUUGGGUGAGAUGUUUAGGUCAUGAGGCUUCUGUCCCUAUCAAAAAGGUUUGCAGGGUUUGGCUUUCGUUUGCCCUUAUACCUUCUGCCAUGUGAACAUGCCACAAGAAAAGCCUUCACCAAACACAAGCACCUUGGAACUUUCCAGCAUCCAGAACUGUGAAAAUAGAUCUGUUCUUUAUAGAAUACCUAGUUUCAGGUAAUCUGGUUCAGCAAUGCAGAAUGACUUGAGACACAGGGCUUUUCCCCCUCAUCUCUUCCUUUAGUUUUUUUGGGGGAUAGGGGUGAGGUUAGUUUUGUUCCAAGCCUGCCUCUGAUCUUGAUGAUACAUUUUCUAGAGUCAUCCCUGAUCAUAUCCACAUAUCACAUCGUCCACAGAAGGGAGAGGACACUUCUAUACACAUUGUAAGCUGAGUCCGGGUUUCCUUAGCUUCACCCUGUAUAGAUUGCAUGGCAGCCUUACAACCAGUUAUUGCCAUUUUGAUGAGAGUGUGUCUUUUUGAGGUUUUCUUGCUGGAACUGCCAGAGUACCUGGACUGCAUGAGUGCAUGGACAUUUAGAGGAAUAUUUGGGUCCUGUUUGAUGGAGAGACACAAGGGACACUGGAGGCAGCUUCAGUAGCCAGUGUUGCUGGACCAAAGAUGGCAGUGGUCCUCAUCCUGCCUGCUCCCUUCCUGAUGCCUUUCAAUUAUGAAAAGAAUCUUCUUAGGAAGGUACACACUCUACUAUUUCCUGAAUUAAGCUAAUGGUCAUCAGCACAAAGUAUCCAUCCGUAAUCAUAUUAACCUGAAUAUCUGAGAUUUUAAAAUGCCCAGGUUCCAGAUAUUCUUUUCCUUACAAUCUACCCUUUCUACAAAUGAUAUCUCUUCUCUGUAGAUACAUCGUCUUAGGUAAUAGAGUGAUCCAGGCAGGGGCCCUGGGAAUAUGCCUACCAAAACCAGUUUAAAGAAAUAAACAUUGUAAAUGGCAUCGACAGUUAGCUGCGUUGUAGGAUGUGGAAUAUUCAUAGAAAUUUACAAUAAUAAUCUGUCACAACCAAGUUUGAUUCAACUGAACAUGAAUGGAACUGAGUUUUAUGAUUAUCUUACCAAAUACUAAUAACAAAUCUAAAAUCAAUGGGAAUGGGAAAGACAGUAGAAUGAAUUGGACAUAACUUUCCUAUGUUUAUAUAUGAAUACAUGACCAGUGUAACUCCACAUCAUGUACCCCCACAAAAAUGAGAAGUUCUACUCCACAUAUGAUAUGUCUAAAUACAUUCUACGUCACGUAUAACUAAAAAGAAUAAACUUUAAAAAAAUGGGAAGCCUGGCUAUCUAAGGCUGGCUCUGCUCUUGGGAACAAAAUCGCUGGACUAGUUAUUUAAUGUUGUUCAGCAUAGUUUGUUCAAAGUCAAAAACAAUUCAAUUAAAAUUCUUGGAGGACAGGCAUUAUGUCCUGUUUGCCUUGUGACCUCAUCACUUUGCACAGAAUCUAGUAGUUUGAAUGUGUUUGGUAAGUGUUGAAUGAAUUCAAGAAUAAAUGUUAAAAAAAAACUAAAGAGGUUAAGAAAAAUUGCUUGUUACAACUCAUUACUAUUUGAUAUUUACUAGCAAUUCUGGCUAAGGCAAAUAAGAUUAAUUUUUUAAAAGAAUCAACAUUAGAAUGUCAAGAGACUGAAAUUACCAUUACUUAUACAUGAUAUGAUUGUGUACCUGGAAAAUUCAAAUGAAUAAACUAAAAGGAUAUCAAAAUUAAUGAAAGCAGGAAAUAAAUUGACUCACUAUAAAGGAAACAAACCACAGCUUUUGUAUAGAGCCAUAGCAAACCAGAAGAGAGGCUUGGAAAGAUCUCAUUCACCAAUACAACACCAAUGCCAAAAAAAAAAAAAAAUACCUAACAUACUGAAGAAUAAUUUCAAUAAAUAUAAAGGCAUCUCAUCA